CGGGACCCUCUGCCAACUGGGCCGCCGCCGCAGCCGGAAACGGGGAAGGUCGGCUCCUUAAGCGCGGCGAACAGCAGCGGCGCCGGCGGUGGCGGUUCCGUCUCAGGUGUUGUUUAGCAAGAUAACAUCCUCUUAGUUGGUGAGGAUCCUUAAGAAUGUCAUUACAAUUAGGGACGCUGCCAAAAUGGGAAUUUUAUCUUUACACGUUCCUUUCUUUUGGCUUCCAUUUUUAUUCCCUUUAUGAAGUCUUCCAAACCUCUCGAGAACAUGAAGAGGAACUUGAUAGAGAAUUUGAACUGGAAACUGAUUUGCUGUUUGGGGGAAUUAAAAAGGAUCCAGUGGACUUUGAAUGGAGCUUUUGGAUGGAAUGGGGAAGACAAUACAUACUGUGGCUUCUCCUUGGUCAUGUAGUGGUAUCACAAGUAUUUGCUGUUUACCUGGCGAAGUACAAACCAUGGUUUCUGAUGGUCUAUGGCAUAACAGCCUGUUGGUUUCUGCUGGGCACCAAUGGCCUUGCACUGAUUUUUCUACAUGUAACUGCUUCAUAUUUAGUUGCUCAGUUUAAGAACCCCAUUCUGACAUGGAUGAGCUCAUUGCUUCUUUUGUCAACUUUACACUUUCCUGCUCUGGAAGAAAUAAAGAGAGGCUGGUAUGCCAGUGAAAAUGAGUACUACUUGCUUCUUUUCGCCUUGACUGUCCGCUGCCUCUAUUACACAAGCUUCAGCCUAGAAUACUGCUGGCACACCUCUUCCAAGAUGAUGGAACCGUCAUUCCUUUGGAUGCUGGCAUAUGUGUUCUAUUAUCCCGUGUUUCACAAUGGGCCCAUUAUCACUUUUGAUGAAUUCUAUAAACAGAUGAAAAAACAAGAACCCUGCAAUUUGAAGUCUAAUCUCUACAUAUUCGUCUGGGGAAUAAUUCAUAUUUUCAUCUGGUGGUGGCUGGCAGAGUUGAUGAUUCAUUGUAUGUACAUGCAUGCCAUCUGCAGUAGCCCCUCACUUCUGGGAACAGUAACACAUUGGACCCUAGGUGGCUUGGCACUGGCACAAGUCCAGUUUUUUUACGUGAAAUACCUUGUUCUUUUUGGUGUUCCUGCACUUGUCAUGCGAAUGGAUGGACUCACGCCUCCUGCUUUACCUCGCUGUGUGAGCACCAUAUACAGUUUUUCUGGAAUGUGGAGAUGUUUUGAUGUCGGGCUGCAUAGAUUUCUCAUUAGGUAUAUUUACGUCCCAAUGGGAGGAUCGCACUGCAGUAUGUUUAAGAUGCUGUUUUCUACUGCAAUCACGUUUGCUUUUGUGAGCUAUUGGCAUGGAAGCCAUAGCUAUCUUUGGUCCUGGGCUGUGCUUAAUUGGCUUGGAGUGGCUGCUGAAAAUGGAGUGAAAAGGCUGGUUUCUCUUCCAGCUGUUCGUGACUUCCUUGAGCAUUUUUUGUCCCCAAGAGGUUUUCGUUGGCUCCAUGCAGCUUUGGCAUCUGUAUCCACCACCAUGCUGAUUUUCUCAAACCUUAUUUUUCUCACGGGAAAUCAUGCUGCCAGAAUCUACUGGAACAGGUUCUUCAUAGAAGGCUGGCCCUGGGCAACACUCUCUGUUUUUGGACUGCUGUAUUGCUGCUCUCAUGUUGGGAUUGAAUGGCAACAGAACUACUCCAAACAAUAACAGCUGUCUGAAUGGAAGCCACCUGGAUCUUAAAAAAAAAAGGACAAACAUGAAGUCCCCUCUCUCUCAGAGUACAACACUGUGCCAUGAUCAAAACUCACGAAAUUUACUUCUUUGGACUACAGUUUCCAGAAUCCUCCAACCAGCAUGGUCAUGCUGACUAGAGGGAUUCUGGGAGUUAGAGUCCAAAAAAAUGAACCUUUGCAAGCUCUGGCUAAAAUACUAACAGGGCACAUUUUAUCUGAAGGCAUAUGGAUGCCAUAGCAAUAUGCAUUUGUUAGAAUAACGCCAAUAAAAUUCUCUUAAAUUG